CUUCCGCUGCCACAGCGCCAUGUCUGGCGUAAAAUGUGCAACUUUGGUGGCGCUCAGUGUUGCAGUGUCGGAGGAGGCUUUUCCGAGGCAAUUGGGAGCAGAGAGCUUGAUUGAAAAGGUCUGCAAAGACACAGGUCUGGAUGAUCUGUGUAGCAAAAGCAUCCGUCUACCUACUGGUGUGACAAUGUCCUACAAAGAUGCUUGCGCACAUAAUGUGUGCACCUGGCCCUGUGGCCAAAAGCAGUGCACAAACAAUUGCUGCCCCUACACCACUAAGACUUGCAACAACAAGUGCUGCUGCUGGGGGUUCCUGAAGUGCGGCUGCUCAAAAUCCAAGUGUGGUGAAUGGUGCGUGAACACACCUCACUUCACUUGCAACAAGGAUAAAUGUGGGGAGACCUGCGUAGAUAUUCCAUGCUCGGGAGUCAGUAAAGAGCACUGUGGAGAGACAUGUGUGAAGGUGCCCGAUUCUUUGGCCAUCAACUGGAAAGAUGCCUCUCCUUGCGAACACUUUUCCAAGUUGAAUCCAAUGCUGAAGACGGCAGAGAUGGCAUGUGCUUGCCUGGGAGCACUGUCAGACUUUCUGAAGCAUGUUGGUGACUUCCAAUCCAGUGAGCCUUCCUCCGUAGCAUUGAAUGCAGCAUCACGCAUGGUUGGCUGCCUGGUCAAGGAAGGCUUCCACGUCCAAGACGACAAGGCAGAGGUGGUGCACGAGUUGACGAAUGGAGAUGAUUACAUCAUCCAAGCAGCGCCUGUUGAUCUAGAGAAGUACGUGGAGAUGACAACAGCUGUUGCGGCCUGUGCCUCAACUGGUGCGUGUCACCUAAUUCACACGGCCUUGUUGGACUACUUCAAGUCAGUAGCCACAGAUGUUGGCAAUGGUGUCGAAGACUUCUUAGAGACCUUCGUCCUCGACAGCCUCCUCAGUCCUUUGGCAGCUGCUGCUGAUGUACCUCUAAUGCUCGCUGAGGACUUGCCCCAGUCGCUGCAGUGCACCGCCGAUGCCGCUGAGGCAGCUUUCCAAGACGUCAAGGGGAAGAUUGAAGAAGUGAAGGAUUUCUUCCAGGACUUGAAGAAGAAGGUGGAGACCUUGCAGCAGGGGUGCCAGAAGGCCAUUGAGGCCGUGGGCGGCCUGGCGGAUUCCUUGGACACUUCGGUGCAGAACAUUGUGCAAAACCUUCUGGAUGGCCAGGCGCCACUGGUCGAUGCUGUGAAGCAGAUCAAAGACUUGGCCGAAGUGAAAGAGCUUCUAAAUGCUCUGAGCCAGCUGAAAGCAGAAGUGGCCGAUGUGAAGAAGCGCGCUGAGGAGUUAGAUGACUUGAAGAUGUCCCUUCAGGAUUUAGCAAAGUCUGACGACUGUGGCUUGAAGGAUGUAUUGGAAGACCUUCAAGACAUCCCUAGCUUGCUCAGCCAGGUGUCCGACCCCUUGAAGAAGAUCCAGCAGCUGGACAUCAAUGCAAACAGUGUGCAGGCAGGUGUCGUGAGCUACAAUCAGUGGGUCGAUUUCAACUUGGACCUCCCUUGCUCGAAGAUGGAGCUGUGGACAGCUUCGCUUGAGGGUCUAAGUGUUUCGGCCCACAUCCCCAAGUUCUAUGCUUGUAAUUUCGGCUACACGUUGCCCUUACCCAAUGAGCACAUCCCCUACUUGAGGAUCAAGAAAGCAGCCAAGGCCUUGUCGUGACGAGCGUGGCCUCCAGUACCAAGUUAGCCAGGAGUGCUCCGGUUUUAGUUUAUCAACUCUCAGUGAGUCUUUUGUUUUCUUCUGUAAAGUUCUGCAAAAUCCGUAGACGAGUGAUGGAUAGACAGAUGAUGGAUCUCCUUGACGAUGGGUCAGAGUUGAGGGUCCGUUGGAUAGCGGAUGGACCCUCACGUGAAACUUCAAAGGAGUCCUUCCAGCUUCGUACAGAUCUGAGCUGGAAAAUUGCUGCAAGUCAUGUUGCCCAAGUGGUCGGUCUGAGAGUCAUCGCGCAGUCGCAGCAUGAUCAUAAUACCAUGCAAGCAUAGUCUAUAGUUACUGCCUAUUGUACCGCCGCAGGUGUAUGCGCCUUUUUGUCCUGCGUGUUCAGGCUGUGUUCCCAAUCCUGCGCAGUUGUUGCAUGCGUGCUCAAGCAAGAACAUGACUCUGGACAAGAUGCCAGCAAGUAGAAAGGAGAAAAGCUUCGCGCAAUGAUGGAAGCGCAGAAACUUGAAGACUUUUCAACCCUGCCCUGAGAACAUUGAAAGCCCACACCCUUCCCUGGCCCUUUGAAGAAGAUGCACGCAGUGGCACAGCAAGCGCGCGCUGAAGUGUCGCAUGCUGUUGAUUGAGUGGACUAUAUUAUAAGCUAGAUCGACGUGUGAGCAUAAAGCGUUUAUGCCAGUGCUAAGAUGCUUUGAGUAUGUCGGCCAGACGGUCUAUGGUGUUGGGAUAUGUUUGCGGGGACAAGGUUCCUGUUUCUUCGGCUCCUUUACAAAAUUAAAUGUAUUAUGUACUGUAU